CAAGAUUCACAAGGUGUAACUGCAGCUUUUGAUGGAUGGAAAAAUAUAAUUAAACAAAAAUUAAUAGGCAUAGUAUUUCUUAUAUCUAAAGCAGAAGUAUUAGUAUGGAGCAUUGAAAAUAUUAGUCUUUCAAGAGAACGGACAGAAGAAGCAAUUGCUUAUCAUAAAAAACUUCUUAAAAAAGCCAAAAAUCAAAAUAUAAAAAUAAUU